AUGCCCUCACGCGCCAAGAACGAAGAGUCUGUCCCGCGUGAAGACCUCCCUUAUUUCAUCGCAGCUACGGCGUCCGGCAUACGACGACAGCUCCGGGAGGCAAAUAUCCCCGCCAGUGGCCUCAAAUAUGACCUUUACCUUAGACUACGUGCCAAUGGGCUCAGGAUCUAUAAUGAUACCAGGCACACUCCCGAAAGCUCCGACGACGAAUAUGAUUCUGACGAGGAGGAUGCUGGGUCCGAUGACGACGGCAGUGAUGAGGAGAGCAGCGAAGCUGAACUCGAUGAGCCCCCCCCUAGUAGCUACAGGGCCAGAAAGCGCAAGAGAAAAAAUGACGAAGGGGACGUAGGAGACGUAGAGGAAGUGGAAAGGGCAGAAGAGGGCAUAGAAGAGUUGGAAGUGGCAGGGUCCACGUCUUUGGCCGAAAUGCCUGCAGAGUUGCUCAUCAACAUAAUCAGCAAUCUCGACGCCGGAGGGGUCUUCAACUUGGUUCUGGCAUCACCUGAGCGCUUCCUAGCAGGCAAAGUAGACGCAUUCAUCCUCGAAGCUGAGGGGCGGAGGAACGCGGCCAACAGGACCGGACUAUCGCUCCUGGAGUGGGUGGUGCUGCGGGUUGGCCGCGAGGCCGAUUUCCGAGAAGCCCACAGCGACGUGAUCCGGUGCGUCGUCGACGCUUACGUGGUGGCAUUUCCCAGUGGAUCGCCGCGGGAUCGCUCGCCAGAGGCCCGCGUGGAGGAGAUCAUGGUCUACUUGCGCCAAGUCGGCGUCAACCCAGUCCUGGGGUCAGCCGUCCAAAGGGGCGAGGCGGACAUGGUGCACCUCCUGAUCCUUAUGGGCGAGGAGGAUGUGAACCAGAGGGUGGACAAUCUUCAGCCCUUGGAGCAGGCCACAGUCCUGGCUAACGCAGCCAAUCCAUGUUUGCUGUCCAUGAACCGCCUGCAGGUUGUUUUCGCCCUGCUCGCUGGCGGUGCCGACACCACGUCGACCCGGGACGAUUAUCCUGCGGAGAAGAAUGUCCAUCUCUUACAGGAUGGCCUCGCUGGCCCGGGCGAGAGUGCGGUUGAUGUCCCCGCGGCGAGCCUCGCCAGAGCUAGAGUGCCCCUCAGCGGCGUGGCAUUAGCUGCUGAAGAGGCCCGUCUUAGGAUUGACCCGGAUCGGACCUGGUAUGAUGAGCCGACAGAUCACCCGACGACUUGGCCCAUUAUCCACAAUCCUCGUAAACUCACGGUUCGCCAAUUCUUGGGGGACGAAAGGUCGCCCUUCAUAGAUAAGGCCAUCAUGGCUUUUACGCUUAUUAUAACCCGGACCACUAGAUAUCCUAGUUUUGAAGGGUAUCACCCGAGCGCCCCUGAUCUCAGUGCGAACGAGCUGGAGGAGGAUACUUGA